AGAGCCCGUUUGGAUUGGCUUAUAAGUUGGCUUAUAAGCUGUUUUCAGCUUUUUUGAGUGUUUGGCUGGCCAGCUUAAAGUCAUUUUAUGCUUAAAAUAAGCUCAAAAAAAUAAUUGAACCCAUUUGACUUAGUUUAUCUAAAGCAGCUUAUAAGCUGAAAACAGCUUAUAAGCCAAAAAAAAUAAGUUGGACUACCCCAACUUAUUUUUUUCAGCUUAUAAGCUGCAAACAGCUUUAAGCUGUAAGCCAAUCCAAACGGGCUCCAAAUCACCUAUAAAGCUCAUUCUGAUCUGUUGGAACUAGGAAACAGUACCUCAGAAAAGAAAGAAAAAUGGCUAAAUUCAUCACAGAUACGAAGAACAAGGUUCACGAUCUAUUCGUAUACGUUGUUUCAUGUGGAAAAUCUUCUAAAGAACCAGGAACUGAUCAGCGAGGGCUAGCACAGGACCAUGGACUAGUAAUAAUACCAGGAAAUGCACAAGAUGGCUAUGCACCAAUAGUACCAAUAAUAAUAGGUGAUGAACCAAGAAAUGAACAAGGCAAUAAUGGACCAAUAGUACCAAUUGGUGAACAACAAGACUUUGCAAUUUUUCCACCAGGAGAUGAAAGGAAUAAUUUUAUUGAUUUGCCAGAAGAUGCACAAGAAAAGGACAAGGAAAAUAAUAAUGAAGAAUAUCAUGGAGGUCCUGUACACCCUGAUGGUAAAGCAUAUACUUCAAGACCUCCAGGCAAAAGAUCACCUCCUGGUCCUAAAACUGGUUCAUAUAAUAAAUAAACACAAAAAUGUAUAAAUCCUACUAAUGUUGUUCAUUUGAACAAUAUGUAUCCUGCAUGUGUGCCUGUGGAGUUGUGUUUUUUAUUUUUGUCUUUUUGUUAUUUACUUUGUAGUAUUUGUUAUGUUCAUCUUUCUCAUAUUUCCUGUGUUUAAUCAGUACUGGUUUAUUAUCAAUGAGGAGUGUUAUUUUAGAAUAUCACCUAAGACAUAAGAAGGAGAGUGA